CAUGACAGCGCCCAUCCCUUGUGGGAAGUCUGCAUGCGAUGGGAAGCUACUUCCCAGUCCGUAAACACAGGGCGUGUGUCCUGGAGGCUGCGCACUCACAGGGGGCGGUGAGAGAGCCGGCUGCACAGGUCCUGCUGCCUCAGGUCGCCCAGUUGCCCAACAGGCGGCUGGGGGCGGGCCGAGGCCACUGAUUAAAGGCUGCCCGGAGCACCCUGGGCAGACAGGUGCCUAGCAUCCCAGGAAGCCGGUUGGUGUCCGCCCCAGAUUUAGGCCUCACUCCUUGAGAACAUCAGCAUGUCCGAGCCUCCCAGGGCUGAGACCUUUGUCUUCCUGGACCUGGAAGCCACCGGGCUCCCCAAUGUGGAUCCCGAGAUAGCGGAGCUCUCCCUCUUUGCUGUCCACCGUUCUUCCUUGGAGAACCCAGAGCGUGACGAUUCUGGUGCCCUUGUGCUGCCCCGUGUCCUGGACAAGCUCACGCUGUGCAUGUCCCCGGAGCGGCCGUUCACUGCCAAAGCCAGUGAGAUCACUGGCCUGAGCAGUGAAAGCCUGGCACAGUGCGGGAAGGCUGGUUUCAAUGGCGCUGUGGUGCGGACAUUGCAGGCCUUCCUGAGCCGCCAGGAGGGCCCCAUCUGCCUCGUAGCUCACAAUGGCUUUGACUACGACUUUCCCCUGCUGUGCACAGAGCUCCAGCGCCUGGGUGCCCACCUGCCCCAGGAUACUGUCUGUCUGGACACACUGCCAGCGCUGAGGGGUCUGGACCAUGCCCACGGCCAUGGCACCCGGGCUCAAGGCCGCAAGAGCUACAGCCUGGCCAGUCUCUUCCAUCGCUACUUCCAGGCUGAGCCAAGUGCUGCUCACUCAGCGGAGGGGGACGUGCACACCCUGCUCCUGAUCUUUCUGCACCGCGCUGCCGAGCUGCUUGCCUGGGCGGACGAGCAGGCCCGCAGCUGGGCCCACAUCGAGCCCAUGUAUGUGCCACCUGAUGGCCCAAGCUUUGAGGCCUGAGUGCCAGCCUCCCUGGCUCAGCCAGGCUCUGAAGCUCCAGACUUGCUGCCACUCUGCAGCAGCUGCUUGGCCUUCCCAGCCCUAGCCUCAUGGGCACCGAGCCCGAGAGCCUUCACCUCCAGGUUGGGUGCCCUCUGGCCAGCCAGUGGGGUCCUGCAGGUUGCUCCUUCGGGACCUUCAUC